CUUAUCACUUAUCAGUGACACACACACACGCACACAAACCUGCUCUCCAUUUGACCCUUAAUCACUCUCUUAAGCACUCUCUGCGUCUCUUUAUCUCUUUUAGAAAUCAUGCUUCUAAGAGCUCCAGCGACUAUCUUCUUGCGGAACGGUGCCACCGUAGGCUCCGGGGAUAAUUUCAGUGGUUCUAAGCUAUCAUCUUCCUCUGUUUCACCUCCAUCGGUUAUCGUUUGUGCGGCGGCGAAAGGCGGAUCUUCGAAUAAUAGGCCGAUUACAGGCGUUGUGUUUGAGCCGUUUGAGGAGGUAAAAAAGGAGCUCAAUCUCGUCCCUACUGUUCCUCAACAGUCUCUUGCUCGUCAAAAGUACGCUGAUGAUUCCGAGGCCGUCAUUAACGAGCAGAUCAAUGUGGAGUACAAUGUUUCAUAUGUGUACCAUGCUAUGUAUGCCUACUUUGAUAGGGACAAUGUUGCUCUCAAGGGUUUAGCCAAGUUCUUUAAGGAAUCCAGUGAGGAAGAAAGGGAACAUGCUGAGAAGUUUAUGGAGUACCAGAAUAAACGUGGUGGGAAGGUGAAGCUGCAAUCCAUUUUAAUGCCAUUGUCUGAUUUUGAUCAUGCAGAGAAAGGAGAUGCACUUUAUGCCAUGGAGCUUGCAUUAUCACUGGAGAAGUUGACAAAUGAGAAGCUCCUUCAUGUCCAUGCGGUAGCCAACAAGAACAAUGACGUACAAUUAGCUGAUUUUGUUGAAAGCGAGUUCUUGGGCGAACAGGUUGAGGCGAUUAAGAAGAUAUCUGAAUAUGUUGCUCAGCUAAGAAGAGUUGGGAAAGGACAUGGAGUUUGGCAUUUUGAUCAGAUGCUGCUGAACGAAGGUGCUGCUGUCUAAGUGUAACCCCGAUUAAAGUGAUGGUGGUUGUACCUCUCUAUGAGCUAUGAAUAUAUAUAUAAGAAUAUAAGAUGAGAGAGAUAUUACUAGUUAGUAGCCAUCCAUCCAUCUCAUCUAUGAUCUAUGUUUUUGUUGGUGCAAUAGCAAUAUAGAGAGAUAGAGACUAGUUGUCUAUUCCCUUCCCCCUAUUAAGCUUUUUGUUACAAAUGCUUUUCACAUAUUUAUCUUAUUUUGGUUCUCAAGUGUAAGGGUUUAUAUAUUUGGUAUUUGAAUAAUUACAACCAUGGAAAUUGGAGUUUUGUCA